UGUUUCAUAUCACCAGUAUAAUGACAUUUAUACCAACAGUGAGGAAACAUUAUGGAUCUCUUAUCACCUGCACAGUUACCUCUGAUGGUGAAACCAAGACCAAGAAUCUUCAGCCGAAAUCAGUUAAUGCUAAGCCCCAAGUGUUAGAUCCUGUAAAAGCAGCUCUUACGGAGUCCGGGGAGGUGAUUUGUGCUCUGACUCUGCAGAACUUUUAUCCAAAACAUAUAAUUGUCAAAUGGGCAACAGAACAAAAUCCACUGACAUCCAAAGAAGAUUUCCAGGAAAAUGCUGAUCACACAUAUAAUGUCUGCAGCCUGUGCACUGUCCAAGGAAGUCUCUUUAAAGAUCCGAACUUUAAACUGAGCGUGACCUGGAGUCACAAAACCAUGAAGGAGAAGAGAAGAGUCCUGUCCUGGAGAGACCUAGCUAACAGUUUUCCGUGGCAUCCUGUAAUCCAGGAGGUUCCCGUACCUCAUGUCCUGAUGAAUCAAUUAAACACUCUCCAGUACAACAUCUCCAGCUAUUUCCCUGAUGCUGUGACUGUGAGCUGGUAUAAGAAGGAGAAGGACGCUCUGGAAUCUGCUCCAUUACACGGCAAUGAUAAGUAUAAGACAUCAGUCACUGAGUCCCAGAGACAGCCGGACUCCACAUACUCCUGUACAGCCAGUCUGCUGUUCACCCCGACUCUGAAAGACCAGGAAUCAGAAAUCAUCUGCAGAGUGGAGCAUCCCAGCCUGGAGAGACCACUAGAGAGCAGCAGCGGACCCUUACGUGUGCAGGGUCAGCCAAAGAAUAGAAAACCAGUCAAAAUAACGCUGGGCAGAGAAGAGGUGAAAUAUUCUCUUAUUCUAGAGAGAUUCUAUCCCAAAGAUAUCCAGAUAAAGUGGACUUGUGGAUCGGACCAAGAGACACAGACCUGCCCAUCAACAGAAAGAUAUCCAAAUAACAUGGAUAAAACAUAUUCUGUUACCAGUGAAUGUACAGUGUCUGAGGAGAUGAUGAAGAACCCCAACUUCAAAACCUGUGUGACGUGGAGCCAUCAGUCCAUGGAUGACCCCAGGAGCAGAGAGGUGUCUAUAAGAGAUAAAGAUUUCCCAUAUCAUCCUGAAGUGAAGAUACAGGUGCCCCCUCUUUAUAAUAACACUGAGGCCUCCCUGGAAUGUACAAUCUCCAACUGCUUUCCAGGUGUAUUGAAUGGGAUGUGGCUGAAGAAGGACAGACUAUCCGGAGAGACUCAUCCUAUAGCUGGAGAAGGGGCGUACAGGAUCUGCAACCAGGAGUUAGGCCGACAGCCCAGUAAUACAUACUGCUAUAAGUCAUGUCUGAUCUUCACUCCCACUGCGGAAUCGGAUCAGGGCGCAGAAUUCAUUUUCCAGGUGGAACAUCCGAGCCUUGAGCAGCCCAUGCAAAAGAGUACGGGAGCGCUGCAGAUAGCUGAUUUCGGUGACAAAGACGUUCAUGAAAUUCACCAGCAGAACAGUAUUAUAAUGUAAUGUCUGCGUGUUCUGUGAGUAUGUAACAUGUAUGUAACAUGAAGUCCUCAGCAUGCAGCUAGCAUUAUAAUGUAAUAUCUGCGUGUUCUGUCAGUAUGUAACAUGUAUGUAACAUGAAGUCCUCAGCAUGCAGCUAGUAUUAUAAUGUAAUGUCUGCGUGUUCUGUGAGUAUGUAACAUGUAUGUAACAUGAAGUCCUCAGCAUGCAGCUAGUAUUAUAAUGUAAUGUCUGCGUGAUCUGUGAGUAUGUAACAUGUAUGUAACAUGAAGUCCUCACUCAGUAUUAUCCAGAAUGGAGACCCGCGCCCUUAUAUAACAUACCUGCAGCUGUACUGACCUAUAACCUUAUACAUAACAGACAGGACACGCUCCCCCAACUUCACAGCAACAAUGUACCGGUUGUACAUGACCAGUGAUACCAGUGCUGAGGAGCCCUGACCAGCAGCUACACUGGGAGCGAUCUCUGCCUCACCAGCUAUGUAUGUGUAGUGUAA